CAAUCUCCAUAAAAAAAAAAACUCAAUUCUCUCCAAAAAUGGACUCUAAAACAACUUUUCUCACAUUCCUCCUCUGUAUUUUCAUUUUCUUACAUUUCUCACCCUCAAGUUCUAAAUCUCUUAAAGAAAAGCCCUUAUCUUUCUCACCGUCGGCGAGUUUGCCGACCCUCACGGCGGAGAGACUUAUCAAAGGUUUCAAUCUUUUGCCUACACGUGACGUCAAUGUCAUCGACGUGGAUAGCUCUGAGGCUCCGAGACUAGUAGAGAGAGAAUUCGAUUUCUCGGCCGAGGUUGACCGUCGUGGCUCCGGUGGUUCACCGUCGGUUCAAGAGUUUGGUCACCAUGCUGGUUACUACAAACUCCCUAAUUCAAAAGCAGCCAGGAUGUUUUACUUCUUCUUCGAGUCAAGAACCAACAAAGCCGAUCCAGUGGUGAUUUGGUUAACCGGAGGACCUGGUUGCAGCAGUGAACUAGCUCUGUUCUAUGAGAAUGGACCGUUCACUGUCUCUAACAACUCAUCUCUUUCUUGGAACGAGUUUGGUUGGGACAAGGCAUCGAAUCUAAUCUACGUGGACCAACCGGUGGGAACUGGUUUCAGUUACACAUCGGACCAAAGUGAUCUUCGACACGACGAGGAUGGUGUCAGUAAUGAUCUUUACGACUUCUUACAGGCGUUCUUUAAAGAGCAUCCUCAAUUUGUGAAGAAUGACUUUUACAUUACUGGUGAAUCCUACGCCGGACAUUAUAUUCCGGCAUUGGCUUCACGAGUUCACCGUGGAAACAAGAACAAAGAAGGAACUCACAUUAACCUCAAGGGUUUUGCAAUUGGUAAUGGUUUAACCAACCCGGAGAUUCAAUACGGUGCGUAUGCGGAUUACGCGCUAGACAUGAAGUUGAUUACACAGUCUGAUCAUGAUAGCCUCAACCGUAACUACGCAACUUGUCAACAGUCUAUCAAAGAAUGCAGUGCGGAUGGUGGUGAAGGUGAUGCUUGUGCUUCUUCUUACGUUGUCUGCAACAACAUUUUCCAAAAGAUCAUGGAUAUCGCGGGAAAUGUUAACUAUUAUGACGUGAGGAAACAAUGUGAAGGAAGCUUGUGCUAUGAUUUCUCGAACAUGGAGACGUUCUUGAACCAGAAGUCGGUACGGAAGGCAUUAGGUGUGGGCGAUAUCGAGUUUGUGUCUUGCAGUACAGCGGUUUACGAUGCGAUGCAGAUGGACUGGAUGCGUAAUCUUGAGGUUGGGAUUCCAGCUCUUCUUCAAGAUGGAAUUAAGCUCCUUGUUUACGCAGGAGAAUACGAUCUUAUUUGCAAUUGGCUCGGAAAUUCAAAGUGGGUUCACCAGAUGGAAUGGUCAGGCCAGAAAGAGUUUGUAGCAGCCCCGACAGUUCCAUUCCUCGUUGACGAUAAAGAAGCCGGUCAAAUGAAGAACCACGGUUCACUCACUUUCCUCAAGGUUCACGAUGCUGGACACAUGGUUCCAAUGGAUCAGCCGAAGGCAGCAUUGCAUAUGCUUCAGAACUGGAUGCAAGGAAAGCUCGGUACACCUACCGGUCGGACUGCUCAUCAGUGAAUCUAAAUUCUGAACCCAUUGAAUUAUUAUGUAUUUAGGAGAUCAAUAUUUUCACUUUUAAGAAAACUAAAUAACAUAUAUACUUGUGAAUUAUUUCUAUAAAUACACCGGAAAGUUCAGUGUUAAAUCUAUUUCAGUUUGUUAGCUUCU